GCGUGUUGCUGCCGUAAUAAGGGGGAGCACGCCUGCACCGUGGAAAAGCUCCGAGUGGUAAUGCUGUCUCCACUACAUGCGCGCUGCCUUCUCAUUCCCCACUCUCUCUUUCCACUUUAUUGUGCGUAAUAGCAAUUUCCUCUGCAGUAGACUACUGUGCAAGGCUCGGUGCAACAAGUUUGCAGGAGCCACAACACGCCGUCAGACAGGUUGACUUGCUUUGGCUGGAGCGGAGUGGGGCUCCACUCAUCUAUCUGUCGCUGUCACCACAAAGUCACCGUACGUGAACGCCGCGUCGCGCGCGCACACACACACACACACACACACACACACACAGCCAUAAAUUCGUGACUCCGCGCCAGAUGCAGUUUGCUCCCAACAGCGCGUGUAGUUGUAGUUAAAUGGAGAUCGCGGAGGCAAGAGGAGCAUCUAAGUGCGUGGAGAAAAUGGAGAAAGAAGUGGCGCCUCAGAAGCGACAAUAUUGGCGCACAACAGUGCUGAACAUAAUCUCGUCUUUAUGUUCAGUGGCGUCCAUCGCCUUCUGCAUUCUUCUGAGCAUUAACACAGCUGAUAUUAAGAACCGGGUUGUGGAUUUGGAGAGUGGGAACGGCGAGCACACCUUUAUCCGUGCCCCUGGCUACUCCAUGGGUGAUUUUAAUUCAUUAAUUGAACAAAGAGUGGAUGAGCUGCUGUCUCAGCGCUCCUAUGAAAAUUUUGUCAAGAUUCGUACUGCAAGACAAGCAUCACCUGAAUGCAACUGCCCUCCAGGACCUCCGGGAAAGCGAGGAAGAAGAGGCCGCAAUGGAGAACCUGGACCUCCUGGCCCUCCAGGUCCAAAGGGUGAAAAGGGGGAUCAAGGCGACCAGGGACCACGGAUGGUCUUCCCUAAGAUCAAUCAUGGCUUUCUUUCCGCUGACCAGCAGCUCAUAAAGCGGCGGCUCAUUAAGGGAGAUCAAGGGCAAGCAGGACCACCUGGGCCUCCGGGGCCACCGGGCCCUCCUGGGCCAAGGGGGCCUCCAGGGGACACAGGGAAAGAUGGGCCCAGAGGUGUACCUGGUUUACCAGGUGAUCCAGGGCAGCCUGGAGAAACAGGACCCAUGGGUCCUGAGGGGCCAGAGGGGCCGAAGGGUUCAUUCGGGCUUCCUGGCAUCCCAGGUGUUGAUGGACUGAAGGGGGAUGUUGGCAUCCCAGGAUUGGACGGUAUCCCAGGAGCCAAGGGUGAAAUGGGAGAACAAGGUGAAAAGGGUGAUAUGGGUGAAGACGGACCGAAAGGUGAUAUGGGAGAGAAGGGAGAUGCAGGCUCCUCUGCAGCAGGCAUCAAGGGUGAACCUGGAGAGCCUGGACGAAGUGGACAUAAGGGAGAGCCAGGACUUCCAGGGCUGCCUGGACUCCCAGGGAUAAAGGGUGAGCCUGGAUUCCUCGGUCCCCAGGGAGAGCCAGGGCUUCCAGGACUCCCAGGAACUAAGGGUGAGAGAGGCGACCAUGGGCCACCAGGAAAGGGUGAAAGAGGAGAGAUUGGACCCGCUGGACCAAAGGGUUCACAAGGAGAGGCUGGCACACCUGGUCCUAAAGGGUCAAAGGGGGAGUUUGGAGAUAAAGGAGACUUGGGAUCUAUUGGCCCGAGGGGGCCCCCUGGGCAGAAAGGAGACCAAGGAGCCACUGAAAUCAUCGACUACAAUGGAAACAUUCAGGAGGCUCUACAGAAGAUUACCACUAUUACAGUGACGGGUCCUCCUGGACCUCCUGGGCCAACAGGACCGCAGGGCAUAAAGGGGGAUCGUGGCAUGCCUGGUCUCCCUGGACUUGAUGGUGAAAGAGGCUACAAAGGUUCCAAAGGAGACAUGGGAAUGCCCGGAGCUUCAGGGGAAAAAGGGGCAACUGGUUUACCCGGCCUACCUGGUGUCAAUGGGGUAAAAGGGGACAAGGGAGAUUCAGGCCUACCUGGUCCUCAAGGUCCUUCAAUCAGCGGUGCUCCAGGGCCACCAGGGCCCCAUGGACCCCCAGGACCCAUGGGCCCCCAUGGUUUCCCUGGACCAAAGGGGGAACCUGGUUUGCAUGGUGUGAAGGGAAUGCGAGGGGAAGCAGGACACAAAGGGGACCGUGGACCACUGGGUCUCCCCGGAGCCUCCGGCUUGGACGGCAAGCCCGGAAUUAGGGGCACGGAUGGGCCUUCAGGUCCAGCUGGUCCAGCUGGGCCAAAGGGUGACAUAGGUGAGAAAGGAGCACAAGGCGAGCCAGGACCAAGGGGACCUUAUGGACUGCCUGGAGCUGCUGGAACACCAGGCUUGGAUGGGUUGCCAGGCUUAAGGGGAGAAAAAGGCGACGUUGGGGAAAGAGGAGAAAAGGGGGAGAAGGGAAAGAAGGGCAAAAAAGGGCCUAAGGGCGAGAAAGGAGAACAGGGUGCCCCUGGAUUAGAUGCACCCUGCCCAUUGGGCCCAGAUGGAUUACCAAUGCCUGGGUGCUGGCAGAAGUGAUCACUCUAACCUGAAACGCAUGGAGUUUGUAAAUAAUGCUUCUUUUAUGGUAUUUAUAGUUUUUUUAAUGGAAAAAAAAAAGUCUAAAAGAAAAGAAGUCUAUGUGUACAAUGAUACAAAAAGAGAUAACUGCCCCGAGUUUCACACCCUAAGCUGCUUCUACUCACAUCACCGUGUGGGGAAAAAAAAAAACGUGUGUCCGCUCUCUCACAUCCACAUCGUGGUGGAGUUCAGAUCCUUGGCUGGCAGCAGAACUUGUCUACUAGUCUUUGCAUGGCUCAGACUGGAGCAUCGCAGCCCGGCCAGAUUCACAGGGGUGAAAGGAGACGUGGAAGGAGGAGGAGGAAGGGGAUCUGGACUGGCUCUCUAACACCAAACGCUAGGUGUUUUGUGUUGUUUCGUCUCAACAAGCUCACCACCCAUUCAUGCAGCACCAUUUUCUAAAAGACUAAAAAAAAGAAAAAAAAAGAACAAAGACUGUGCCAAACAGAACAUUGCACCCCCUGACCCUGCAAAAGCAUGAGUAGUAUACUGAAACUAUAUGUAUAUGUAUUGUACAUACAUGUCACUGUUUUGUGGUUGCGUCAUGGCUUCUGCAGAAAAGAAAAACAACACUAACAUAAAAAAAAACAAGCCCUAGAGCUCUGAAUUAGUAAUUUCUGCUCUCCUUUAAUCUUCCCAAGGGAGUCACGCCAUGGCUGGUAGCCUGAAAAUCCCCAGAAAAUAAAGCUGUUGGUUAUUGUUGCUUUAUUUUGGUGAUGCCUGCAGAGGGUAUGAUAUCAGCAGGUUUUCACUGUUGCACUCACAUAGCUCAGCAUCAUCGCCAGUGUGGCGCCUCCCAACAGCCACACGUCUCCGGACAAGAGGGGAGAACUUAGCAGGCUCGCUGCACUGACAGGAAAACAAAUCAGGCUCACGUGGAUUUGAGACUGGACGGGCCUGCUCAGGACCCCCUCUGAGCACGGGAAUAGAUUCUGCAGGAGAGUCGCUAAGAGUCUCAUCGAUCUCCAUAGAGAUCAGCUGGAGCAGCUGCCUCUCCUGACAGGCAAUGCUUCAAGGUCUUCUGAGAGCGUUAACAGAAUGCAAUCAUGUUUUUUCUUUAUUUUUUUGUUUUGUUUUUGCUCUCAUUCUUUAACAUUGUUUGUAUUUUGUGUAUAAUAGCCUUUGGUGCCUCAAGCUUUUAUUCAUUCCUUUAUCAGAAAUGUACAACUUUAUAUCAUAUUUUGAAUUACCGGAAUGACGUUUAUUUCAGAUGGGUAAGCUUUGUUUGGUUAAAAAGGUGGUGAGAGUAUUGAAAAGACACACAUUGCGCACUGUUUUUCAUAUGAAUUAUUUUUACAGGAUGUUGAAAUAGCAUGUAAGUUAUAGCUUCACCUGAGCAUACAGUAAGAUUGCAUCCAUCUUGGCUGUACAGCCUCUGAUCUUACUCGUGGCUGUGAAGAAGCGCAAAACACAUCCGGCAUUGUGACAAAUACGCUACUUGUUCAUUCUGGACUUGUUGUAUGGGAUGUUAUUUGUACAGUGUUGUCAGUUCACUGCAUGUACACAAUUUAUUACUUAUGGAUUUUUUAAAUAUUGAAAAUAAGCAUUGAUUUGAGCAAGUGCAUCAGAAGCGUAAAGUUUCAUGGUUGGGGUUCUUUCAGCUCUAACAAAGCAACAAUCCGAUUGAGCUGAACAUACAGUGGCUGGUAUUUCAGAAUAAGGCAGAUUAUGUUGAACAGAACAAUCUCAGUGGCAUUACACUGCUGUUUUACACCGUAUGUAUUGUCUUAAACAUAUGGAAAACAUAUUGCAGUGCAAGAAAGCUUAAUUUUACAGACACAUUUAAUUGGUCAACUUCCAUUAAUACACCACAGUCUAACUGGUGGCCAGUUAUGUCACAUUCCAUAUCAGAUGGAGCAAAAAAAUGGAGCAGUAGAUCAGAACUAGGUUUAUUUUUCACCAUAGUUUAUUCAUCUUUUCAUGUUUUUUAUAUUCAAAUUACCUUCUGACAUAGUAGGUGCUAUGCAAGGUGAUAAUCACAGUACUUCUUUUCUUCAACAUUAGAAAUAUGCAUGAAUGUUUUACUGUAAGGGCAGAUGUGAAAAACCAACAUUUUUGUUGUGACGUAGCAGCAACCACAGGUGGAUUCAAGAAGAUUUAUUCCCAUAUGGCUUCUGUUUGAUUGUACAGCUCAUCUCAUCGUUAUAAAGAAUGGAUGCACAUCUGUAUAGAUUAUAAUGGUGCUAUCUGAUAGUAGGUCAACAACAGCUCAGUUGAUGCGCUCUACCAGUGGCAAGAACUACACAACAGGUUUCUUUAUUGUUGUUGGGGUUUUAUGUAUGUAACAAUUUUAAGUUUUUUGUGCAUAUAUUUGUGUAUUUGUCUCAGUAUUUUAAGUGGUACAUUAUUUAUUUUUCUAUAAUUUCUUAAAUGAUAGCAUUUUGGUUCUAAACAGCAUUCCUUUCAGUUGUUUUGGCUUUUGAUGUCAGUUUCCGCUGUGUCUCUGUUGAUAUUUUGAAGAAUUUUGGAUCAUGCUAAGGCAUCACAUAACAGUUAUGCAAAUGGUACUGUGUGAAGGAAGGUGGUCAUUUACAAAUUUCAGACCAGUGUGAAUUCACUGUGCAUUUAAUUCAGCUUAUAGGCCUUACAAUGGAAUACAUCUGUUUUCAUUUAAUUUUGUGUGUCAAAAAGCUAACUAUGACAACAAAGUACUGAUGGCCUGAAUGUUGAAAGGCCCAGCUAAUGCAGCUGCGUAAAGUUAAAUAUCACAGCUUUUUCUCGCGCUUUCUCUCUCUCUCUCUUUGCAUUGAAUGUAGUUUGUAGUAGUUUAUAUGUAUAGUGGAGUAUUAAUGUACUGUUAAAAUGUGUGCUCAUUUGACAAGAAGUGCAAUUUAUACUUUGGUUAAUAUGCGUAGCAUCAAAUGCAGCGGAAAUAUCACUUAAUUGUGAUUUCUAUAGCUCCAUUUGUUCAGUCAUGCUACCCUGUAUACCACUACCUGGAAAGAAAAUGUUUAUUUAUCAGAGGACAAAGAAACAAAUCUAAACAUGGACCUUGCAUUAAAUCUCAAAUUUUGAUUGGUUUAAACAUUUCCUCAAAUACUGUCCUUUCACUCAGUAUUUCCAUUACUUAAUAUUUACUAAAUUUUUGCAAUGUGUAUUUUUUUAUUUUGUGUUUUGAUUUCCAGCCUUUGUUACAAUAUUUGUUGCUGUAUCUUUAGCAUGUGCAGCUAAUUUUUUUAAUAGAUUUUUUUGUUUGUUUGAUUGUUGUGUUUCCUUGUUAAAGUCUCAAAUUUAGUUUAUUCUGCUAUAAGCAGAAGUGCCAAAAACAUUUCAAACUUUUACUUCCAUAUCAGUAUUAGCAAAGCUGGUGAUGGGCUCCAAAAUCACUCACUGAGAGGCCACAUCUGUGUAUUUGUCAUUGUUGCAGAAAUGCUCAAGUCAAGUUUUCCUCUGAAGAAACAGUAGCAGACACCCAUGAGCCACACUUUACUCAUCAGAUCAAAAGUGCUGGAUGUGUCGGAUAAUUGACAAAGGCACAUUCAUCUGCAUUAUGCUAAGACACUGGUGUCAGAACUUGGAAAUGCUUUCACAUCUAUACCCUUCAGUGCACUGCAGCCUAACUGAAAUACAUACAUUGCCACAUACUCAAAAUAAAAUGUAGUCUUGGCACAGGAGCAAAAAUGCAAAGCAAAAUCUGUUAAAAACGUGAGUUAAAACUGCAUUUUGUGGUUGUGGUAUAUGUUCAGUUUCUGUUCUGCAUUUGUAUUAUUAAUUUUUUACCCACUUGAUUGGCAUUUCUUUACAGACCCUUGUGUUCACACACUACUACAGUAUAUUUCAAGAUGACAUUUCAUAGGACUGUACUGUUGGAGCCAAAUAAACAGUCUUUCAAAUACA